UGGAGGCAACCGGGAUCAGCCCGGGGCCAGCAUGAGCCGGAGGGAGGGAAGUCUGGAAGACCCCCAGGCUGACUCCUCAAUCUCACCCCUGCCCCUCUUGGAGGCCAAGAUCCAUCAGACACACAGCCUUGCCCGCCUCCUCACCAAAUAUGCUGAGCAGCUGCUCCAGGAAUAUGUGCAGCACCAGGGAGAUCCCUUCGGGCUGCCCGGCUUCUCGCCUCCGCGGCUGCCGGUGGCGGGCUUGAGCGCCCCGGCCCCGGGCCACGCGGGCCUGCCGGCGCCGGAGAGGCUGCGGCUGGACGCGGGGGCGCUGGCUGCACUGCCGCCGCUGCUCGACGUGGUGCGCCGCCUGCAGGCCGAGCUGAACCCGCGCGCGCCGCGCCUGCUGCGGCGCCUGGAGGACGCGGCGCGCCAGGCCCGGGCCCUGGGCGCCGCCGUGGAGGCCGUUCUGGCCGCGCUGGGCGCCGAGCCCCGCGGACCCCGGGCCGAGCCCGUCGCCGCCACUGCCGCCGCCGCCGCCGCCGGCGUCUUCUCGGCCAAGGUGCUGGGGCUCCGCGUGUGCAGCCUCUACCUCGAGUGGGUGAGCUGCACCGAAGCCGACCUGGGCCAGCUGGUGCCCGGGGGCCCGGCCUGAGCGCAGGCGUGUCCUCCUCUCGCUGUCACCUCCUUGCCAGCUGUCUUCAUCCCUCUCCAUCUCUGUCAGUGUCUCCAUCUUCCGGUCUCUGUCGUCUCUAUUUGCGUUGUAUGUUCUCUGUCUCUUUCUCUAGGGAUCCUCUUGUCUCAGUAUGUGACUUUCCACGACCAUCAUAUUCUUGCUUUCUCCCUCUUUUCUCCGUCGCUUGGGUCUGCCUUUCUUGGUCCCCCCUUUACCAGUCUUUACUCAAUGAAAGGGGUCACUUUGUCUCCCUUUUUUCUCUCUUAUCUCCCUCUUUGCCCCAUAUGAGCAUGUGUGCAGCUCAGCCUCAUCUCAAGGAGGAUCAUUCUGUUUCCUUCUGUCCCUCUCCCUGUCCCCGGAGUCAUUCCACCUGCUGCCCUCUCCCCAACUGUGAUGUGCUUCCACCCCCUUCGCUUCCCUCUGCCCUAUCCUUGCACCUCCUCUUCCCCCCAAGCCAGGGCUGGAAGAGAAACAGUCAACACCUUGAUAGAAUUUCA